CCCCUCUUUUGCCUUUCAUCCAAGUUGAAUUUUAAAAAAUGAAGUCAUUGCAGUUUGCUGCUGUUUUCCUUAUGCUCCUGUUUUCUGGGCAUUCACUAGCACAUACAGUCACAUUUUAUGUACACAACAAGUGUCCUUUCCCUAUAUGGCCAGGAACUGCCGCCAAUGCUGGCCAUCCGGUGAUAGCAGACGGUGGAUUCUAUCUCCCUACAGGUGAGACUCGACGGACUGAGGCGCCGUGGACAUGGAGUGGCCGAAUUUGGGCCCGGACAGGAUGCAACUUUAACUCCAAUUGGCAACCAGCUUGUGAAACUGGUGAUUGUGACGGAAGGCUUCAAUGCGAUGGACUAAUUGGCACACCACCGGCUACGUUAGUCCAAAUCGCACUCCAAGGCGGCAAAGCUAAACCUGAUUUCUACGACGUAAGCCUCGUCGAUGGCUACAACCUUCCGGUUUCCAUCUCUACGAGACCCUUUUCGCCUAAAUGUGCAAUCGGAGGCUGCUCCGAAAACCUGAACAACUUGUGCCCUCAAGAACUCGAAGUCCGUAACAAGCACGGGCAAGUAGUUGCUUGCAAAAGUGCUUGCUUGGCUUUCAAUGUCGAUUCUUUUUGUUGCAGAAACGAGUAUGGAACACCUGAAACGUGCAAACCGAGCCUAUAUUCGAAGAUUUUUAAAGAGGCUUGCCCUUGUUAUUAUAGCUAUGCCUUUGAUAUGCCUCCACCAUUGAUAAACUGUGCUUCAAAAGAGUAUAUUAUAACUUUCUGUCCUUCAACAUGGGGAGCUCAUCAGGCUUCUAUAUAAUAGAUCUAGCGGUUUAUGUAUCUCUGGUAUCUUUUUGUCAUGUUUAAAAUAUUUUAUAUUAAUUUAAAUUUUAAUGUAAACAUUAAUAUUAUGUAUUACAUAGAUAUUAAAACA